AUGGCCGUGGGAUCCAGUCGGAUGCAGAGAGCUGUGAGUGCACGUUCCUCGCGGGCUGCACGGGUUGCGCUGAUAGCCGCGGCAGCCCUGGCUGUGCUGACGGAGGCUUUACAGGCAUUCGCAGCACCGACGCGACGGACUCUGGCUGGACCAGAGAGACCUGCCGGUGCCGCGCUGGUCAUCAGGCAUGCUGCAGCAAUUCCUCCGCCCAAGGGAGGAGGGGACGGCGGCGACGAGGAAGAUAAGCAGCCGAAGAUCGAGCUGGCUUCUGUGGAAGAGGCGGCAGAGAAAGUGAGCCGGACGAGUGAGGUGGUCAACGACAUCACUCGGCAAGCCAGCUUUGAGUUUCGGAAGAUCUUUGGAUUCGACCUGCUGCCCACCCUGGCGGUGCUAUUUUUCGCCUGGGUUCUUAUUGAUUACGUUCUCAAAAACACGACCUUCGGCUUCUACCUUGGCUUCUGA